UUGAACACAACACAUAGUAAGAAAGGAAAAAAGAUGGUGGCUUCAUCCCACCUCAUAUGUGCCCUCUUCCUACUCAUCCCCGCCGUUGUUACCGCCACCGAUCACAUUGUGGGUGCCAAUCGUGGGUGGAACCCUGGCAUGAACUACACUCUUUGGGCCAACAACCACACUUUCUAUGCUGGAGACCUUAUCUCAUUCAGGUACCAAAAGAAUCAAUACAAUGUGUUUGAGGUGAACCAAACUGGGUAUGAUAACUGCACUACAGAAGGUGCUGUGGGGAAUUGGAGUAGUGGGAAGGAUUUCAUACCCCUAAAUAAGGCUAAGAGAUAUUACUUCAUUUGUGGGAAUGGGCAAUGCUUCAAUGGGAUGAAGGUCUCUGUCCUUGUCCAUCCUCUUCCUCCUCCUCCUACUGCUGCUAUUGCUGCUCAACAUUCAACCAAAAAUUCUGCUUCUUCUGUGCUCUUGGAGAGGGGACUCAACUCUCUAGUGCUUUCUUUUGUUUUAGUUUGGUUUGGAUUUGUUUGGAUCUAGCAACUGUAGAGCAUAAUUGCUCAUUCUUUUUCUACUUUCCUCUAAAUUCUAAUUUGUUACUGUGUGUGUCUUAUGAAACUUCAUGUUUGUUUUGGAUUCACACUCCCAACUGAAUUUGUGCCUCUAGC